CCCAGCGUCGGCUCCCGGGCCGGCGGCGCCGGCCCUCCCACUCUUCCCCGCACCGCCUCAUAGCCCCGGCCCUCGUUUCACCCCUACGCCCCGGCGUGCGCGUCCUCCCGCCGGCCUGCGGCCCGGGUCCUCCGCCUGCUUCCCCGCCGCUGCGCCUCGCGGCCCCGCUCACAUUCACGCUGUCGCCCGGGCCGGCGCGGCCGCGGGCAACCGCUCCCCCUCCCACACCUACCCCGCCCCCUCCCCGCCUUUUCCGCCCUCCCGUCCCCCUCCCUCGGCCCGCCGCUGCUGCUCCAGAUGAGGUGAUGGCAACGGCCAACUUCGGCAAGAUCCAGAUUGGGAUUUACGUGGAGAUCAAGCGGAGCGAUGGCCGAAUACAUCAAGCAAUGGUAACAUCUUUAAAUGAAGAUAAUGAAAGUGUAACUGUUGAAUGGAUAGAAAAUGGAGAUACAAAAGGCAAAGAGAUUGACCUGGAGAGCAUCUUUUCACUUAACCCUGAUCUUGUGCCAGAUGAAGACAUUGAACCCAGUCCAGAAACACCUCCACCUCCAACAUCCUCAGCCAAAGUAAACAAAAUUGUAAAGAAUCGACGGACUGUGGCAGCAAUUAAGAAUGAUCCUCUGCCAAGAGAUAAUAGAGUGGUUGGUUCUGCACGUGCGCGGCCUAGUCAGCUUCCUGAACAGUCUUCUUCUGCACAACAGAAUGGUAGUGUUUCAGAUAUAUCUCCAGUUCAAGCUGCAAAAAAGGAAUUUGGACCCCCUUCGCGUAGGAAAUCUAAUUGUGUGAAAGAAGUAGAAAAAUUGCAAGAAAAACGAGAAAAAAGGAGAUUGCAACAGCAAGAGCUUAGAGAAAAAAGAGCCCAGGAUGUCGAUGCUACAAACCCAAAUUAUGAAAUUAUGUGCAUGAUCAGAGACUUCAGAGGAAGUUUGGAUUAUAGACCCUUAACAACAGCAGAUCCUAUUGAUGAACAUAGAAUAUGCGUUUGUGUAAGAAAACGACCACUCAAUAAAAAAGAAACUCAAAUGAAAGACCUUGAUGUAAUAACAAUCCCUAGUAAAGAUGUUGUGAUGGUACAUGAGCCAAAACAAAAAGUAGAUUUAACAAGGUACCUAGAAAACCAAACAUUUCGUUUUGAUUAUGCCUUUGAUGACUCAGCUCCUAAUGAAAUGGUUUACAGGUUUACUGCUAGACCACUAGUGGAAACUAUAUUUGAAAGAGGAAUGGCUACAUGCUUUGCUUAUGGGCAGACUGGCAGUGGAAAAACUCAUACGAUGGGUGGUGACUUUUCAGGAAAGAACCAAGAUUGUUCUAAAGGAAUUUAUGCACUAGCAGCUCGAGAUGUCUUUUUAAUGCUAAAGAAGCCAAACUAUAAGAAGCUAGAACUUCAAGUAUAUGCAACUUUUUUUGAAAUUUACAGUGGAAAGGUGUUUGACUUGCUAAAUAGGAAAACAAAAUUAAGAGUUCUAGAAGAUGGAAAACAGCAGGUUCAAGUGGUGGGAUUACAGGAACGAGAGGUCAAAUGUGUUGAAGAUGUACUAAAACUCAUUGACAUAGGCAACAGUUGCAGAACAUCCGGUCAAACAUCUGCAAAUGCCCAUUCAUCUCGAAGCCAUGCAGUGUUUCAGAUUAUUCUUAGAAGGAAAGGAAAACUACAUGGCAAAUUUUCUCUCAUCGAUUUGGCUGGAAAUGAAAGAGGAGCUGAUACUUCCAGUGCAGACAGGCAAACUAGGCUUGAAGGUGCUGAAAUUAAUAAAAGCCUUUUAGCACUCAAGGAGUGCAUCAGAGCCUUAGGUAGAAAUAAACCUCAUACUCCUUUCCGAGCAAGUAAACUCACUCAGGUGUUAAGAGAUUCAUUCAUAGGUGAAAACUCUCGUACCUGCAUGAUUGCCACAAUCUCUCCAGGAAUGGCAUCCUGUGAAAAUACUCUUAAUACAUUAAGAUAUGCAAAUAGAGUAAAGGAGUUUGGAAUUAGUCCAUCAGACAUUCCCUUCUCACAGGGUAGUGGCAGUCGCACUGAUCUCUCUCCUUCUUAUGAGUAUGACGACUUUUCUCCUUCGAUUACCAGGGUGAAAGAACUAACUGUAGAUCCAACUGCUGCUGGGGAUGUUCGUCCAAUAAUGCACCAUCCGCCAAACCAGAUUGAUGACUUAGAGACACAGUGGGGUGUGGGGAGUUCACCUCAGAGAGAUGAUCUGAAACUUCUUUGUGAACAAAAUGAAGAAGAAGUUUCUCCACAAUUGUUUACUUUCCAUGAAGCUGUCUCACAAAUGGUAGAAAUGGAAGAACAAGUUGUAGAAGAUCACAGGGCAGUGUUCCAGGAAUCUAUUCGAUGGUUAGAAGAUGAAAAAGCUCUCCUAGAGAUGACUGAAGAAGUAGAUUAUGAUGUAGAUUCAUAUGCCACACAACUUGAAGCUAUUCUUGAGCAAAAAAUAGACAUUUUAACUGAGCUGCGGGAUAAAGUGAAAUCUUUUCGUGCCGCUCUGCAAGAAGAAGAACAAGCCAGCAAACAAAUCAACCCGAAGAGACCCCGUGCCCUUUAAAUCGGCAUUUGCUGCUAAAGGAUCCCCAGAACCUCACUACUGUAACAUAAAAUGGUUCAGCUGUAAGGGCAUUUGAAAGUUUGAAAUUUUUAAGUGUCUGUGGAAAAUGUCUUGUUCUUCACCUGAAUGACAUUUCAAUUUUGUGAAACACUCCUUUGUCUACAAAAUGCUUCUAGUCCAGGAGGCACAACCAACAAUUGGAAUUAGUGAAGCAUUUUGUUUCGUUUACCCAAAUAGUGAUUUACUUUUGGAGAUCCUUGCCAAUUUUGUUUUCUAUAUGAAGAUUAUGGACUUGAUCCAGAGGUGGAUAGUAGGGGGAAGCCACAGCAUUUCCUUUUAACUCGGCUCAAUUCUCGUAGCAAGACUGAGCAGUUUUAAAUCCUUGCGUGCAUGCAUACCUCAUCAGUGGUUGUACAUACCUUGCCCACUCCCAGAGACAGCUGUGCUCACCUCUUCCUGCUUUGUGCCUUGACUAAGGCUACUGACCCUAAAUUUCUGAAGCACAGCCAAGAUAAAUUACAUUCCUUCUUUGUCCUUGUAAAUUACCUUUGUGUGUACAUUUUUACUGUAUUUGAGACAUUUUUUGUGUGUGACUAGUUAAUUUUGCAGGAUGUGCCAUAUCUUUGAACGGAACUAAAGUCUGUGACAGUGGACAUAGCUGCUGGACCAUUCCAUCUUAUAUGUAAAGAAAUCUGGAAUUAUGAUUUAAAACCAUAUAACGUGAUUAUAAUUUUCUUAGCAUUUUCUUUGUAAAGAACUAAAAUAUAAACUAGUUGGUGAAUAAUAAAAAGUAAUGAAAUUCUGAGAAGAGUUUUAUCUUAGGAAAAUACAUAUAUAUGCAGUGUGUGUGCCAGUGUGGUAUUAACAAGACUAAUAGUGCAAUUUGAUCUGUACCAAUACAUUUCUUAAUUUGAAGUUUUCAUGAGUACCCAAAAUAUACCUUUUUAAAUGUACUGUUAAAGGAAAUUGGCUUCUGAUGCAUGAACACUAAUAUGUACAUUGAGAGUAGUCCAUAAUAGAAGUUAGUUUAAGCCAAAUGUAGGCAGUACAUAACUCUUGAAAAAGAAUUAAGCUGAAAGAGUUGACUUUGCCUUAAAAAGAAAGGCAGAUCUAACCCAAGCUCCACCCAGUACCAAAUGUGAAAUUUCACCGUAUUUGUGAGAAUCACCAAAUUCUCACCAAUAGAUUGGUGUAGGGCAUGCUACUUUUUAAAUGGCAGCACUUAUUUUUACAGAUUGCUAUUCCCAGAAAGAAAACUGGCCACUUUUCAUGUAAAUAAUUUUGUUAAAAAAUUUAUAUAUCUCUCUGGGAGUUUUCUCUCAGUUCCCAGGAUAGAGUCCAGGAGUAGUUUACCAAUAAAAGAUCUCCCAAGGAUAUCUUGUUUUGGUUUACUCUAGGGAACUAGCUCAUUCAUAUGGGCCAAAGGGAAGCUAUGAACAGAGAGUCUCAUGAGCCAGAUUCUUUACUUCACUGUUCAUAAAACCCAGAGGAUAGUUGUGAAAGAUCCUAACACCAUCGUGGAAAGCUCUGUGAACAUGAAAUGUGAAACAAAUGUAGAUUUUCAGUUUGCUCAUUAAUCUAUGGAAUGAGUUUUAGAGAUAAUUUACUUUAGUACAAUCUCCUUUGUUUUGGAAAGGACUCAGGUUUUCUUGCAGUUGUAAAAUAUAUAAUUGUGUUUAUUUCAAAGGGAAGAGGAAGUGUGGAGAACUGUUACUAUUGGCCUUGCAGAGGCUGUUUAAAAUCAUAGCUUUUGAGAAUAACCAGUCUUCAAAGGGCAGUAAAGACAUGUGAACUUACUCAUUUUAAAGCACAACAGAUUAGCUUUAUUAUUUGCAUUGGAUGGGUACUAUCUUUGGAAGUUAUCUUUAUAGACAAAUAUGCUGCCUUAUAGUAUAAUGGCUCUAUUCUGAUUAGGAGUCAAGGUAUUUAAAAAAAUUUAUACCAAAAAAGAUCUUGGAGGUAGUAUAAUAUGCACCUUUAGCUUUUACAGAUAGGGAAAACUGAAGGCCAGAAAAGGGAUUAAAACUCAGCAGUUCACAGGGGAGUCCAACCAGCAGCCCAUGGACUGCAUGCAGAUUUUGUAAGGACUUAAAUAUUUUAUUUGCUUAUCUGUGGUGUCUGGAUAUCAUGAAAAGUACCCAUGGACCUUUUUUUGCUAAUCGGCUUUUGUUAUUACAUUUGUGUAUUUAAUGUGUGGCCCAAGACAACUCUUCCUCUUCCAAUGUGCAGCAAAGGAAAAAAAAAAGGUUGUCCACCUCUGGGGUAGAGGGAAAUGAUCUAAGAAAGCUGAGUUAAAUGUUAAAAUUGUUCUAUAAGGACAGAGAUGUACAAGUGAACUCUGCAAAGUAGUUUGUGAAGUUAAAAAAAUCUAUCCUUAAGUACAGUAUUCAUAUGAUGAAAGUGAAUUGAUGGAGCUAAGUAACUUUAAUUUUUUGUUCUGGAGUCAACGUUCUAUAAUACUUUCUUUGACUUGAAAGCUGAUAUCCCUCUUAAAAAUAAUUAAGAAUAUGCGUUAUUUUAACUUACUAUAUAACUUUGAAGCCACAUUUCAAAAUUUGGCUUUUGCAAGUGAAAAUAUUUUCUAUUAAGUCACCUAUAAAGAAAGCUAAAUAUCAUUGCAGACGCUUUUUAUUAAUUUUUUUACAUGUAUAAAUAAAAUAGCUACUAUAAUUCUUAAGUAUAUUAAUAUCACUAUUACAUUGAUUAAACAUAGUAGCUAAUAAAACUUGUUUAUGAGAAUCUAUUGAAAUUCUCGAUCUUUGACAGUUUUAAAAUAGUUUACAAAUGCUUAAAACUAAGCAUGAGGUAUAUGAAAAGUACUAGAAAUUUUAAUUGUCCAUAGUCAUGAAUAUUGGGAAUGUGUCGGUGUGGAGAAAUGGCUGUUUUUUUAAAGCUGGAAAAAGUUUUUUUUUUUUUAAAGAGACAGUCUCACUUUGUCACCCUUGAUAAGAAUGCUGUGGCGUCACAGCUCACAGCAACCUCCAGCUCUUGGGCUUAGGUGAUUCUCUUGCCUCAGCCUCCCAAGUAGCUGGGACUACAGGUGCCUGCCACAACGCCUGGCUAUUUUUUUUUUUUUUUGGUUGCAGUUUGGCCCGGGCCAGGUUCGAACCUGCCACCCUCGGUAUAUGGGGCCCGUGCCCUACUCACUGAGCCACAGGCGCUGCCCUGAAAAAAGAUUUUAAUUAUAGAAUCUGUUUUGAUUUAUAAAACCCUUUGAAAUUUUGCUAAACCUACACUUCUUUCCCCUAAGUAAAAAUGCAAUUUUCUAGUUAAUUUCACUCUAGUUGAGCUUCAUGACCAGAGCUUCAUGCACAGUAUGGUGGCAAGUAGCAGACUCAAGCUUACCCAGAACUGUGUCUCCUACAUCAUCAUAUGUAUGGAAAAGAAUGAGAGACGCCAAAUAGAAACACUUGUAAGAGACAAUUGUUUUACUGUACAUGUAAGUAACAAGAAAUGGUAUGGGAAAUAUGUGACUAGUGAAGCAUAUUUUACUACUUGAGGGACACAGCUGAAGGCUUAAAGAGGGCCUCACGGUUAUAACACAGUAAAUAGAAGAGUAACAUCUUUAUAUGAUAAACUGUUAGAAAUGAUCAAUUUAUAAAGUUGUGCGUAUCUGCGGCUCUUAAACUUGAAGGUUAUGAGACUAGAUUGGACCCUGCCCUAUGUUACAUAUUAAAACAAACCCAAACCAAACAAACUUAGGCACUUAGAAAUGACCACCUUAAAAAUUCAGAAUAGAAAUGGUGAAACAGUAGUAUUAAACCAAAGAUAUUCAAGCAUAUAAUGUUCCAAGAGAGCAUAGGCAAAGUUCAUUUUCUCAAAUAUUGAAAAUAUGUAAUUGAUUUCUUGACCUUGAAAAAUUCUGUUUUCCACUUAGGAAAAAUGAAUACCUUCUGCAUUAAAUCCAUGUAGCAACCUGAAAAGAAACCAAAAUGGAAUGGUAUUGAAAAGCUAUUUGUGGCACAUAAUGCUGUAUAAUUCUUUAUCCUUAAUUCUAAAACAUGAACACAUCAGCAUAUUCAUGCAGUCCACCCACUCCUAACACUAGUCCUUAAAGAAACCUUAGUGUCCAACUAAAUGUAUAAGAUAUGUAUUGUUUGAAACCAUGUCAUGUUGGUGCUUCUUUCACAUAACCCCUAUGUUUUAAGUUAUGAUGAAUUUGACUAAAAUUAUCUUAGACUUCUACUAUCCUAAGUUUAAGAGCAAGAGCUCAAUAGCAUUUGUUCCAUUUUAACAAGGCAACUGAACAAGAGCUCUUUGGAAUUAGAGGUAGAAAUCAUAAAAAUGACCCAUCUUACAUGCCCACUCUUCUCUAUGAGCUGUUAUCAGGUUCAAGUUAAAUACUUACACCUGUUUCUGUUACCUUUGUUUUUAUAAUAGUUAGCAAACUGCACAUGCUCAAUAACUUUGAGGAAAUUUAAUGAGAAGGGUAGAAGAUAAAUAUUUCUAUUUAGGCCUGAUAUUAUUUUUUAGGCUAGCCUAUAGGAACAGGUCCAGGUAAAUUUAAAAUGUCUGAAAAAGCAAAGUAGUGGCUUAUAAAUAGUGUUCAACACCUAGGACUACCAUCAAUAAAGACUCAGAGUAGUAAUGACAGCAUUUGUCUUGGUAAUACAGCACUGUAUUUCCAGCUUAGAGAAAGUAAAACCAAUGCCUUUUUUAAUAGUCCACCCUCAUUCAGCCUCUAGAGAACAUGGAAACUUUUCUUACCAAUAUACUAACAAGGAGAGAUAUAGAAGCUUUCAUAGUGAAUUGGCUAAAAGGGCAAGAACGUCUGCAAGUUAACGUGUUGAUUAAAUAAAGGGUAGAGUAUAGGUUAAUAAAUUACCUGGAUAAUUAAUUGAAGCUUUCCUCUGUUUCCAUAAGACUUGCUUAAUUAAAGGCAAACAGAUUUUGGUCUAAAUUGCCCUGAAAAUUAUGACACAUUUUUACGGGAUAUGUGUGGAACUUGCCUCAGGCUACAAAACAAUUAACUGUAUUAUCACUAAAUGGAUACACCAGGCAUGACAUUAUUUCAUGCUUAAGAUCUAUAAUCCAUUUCCAAUGAGGAAACAAAUCAGAUCCAGUUACCUCUAUUAUGAUUUUUGUACCUUGUGGGCUACUUUGGUGGGACAAGCUAAUUUAUUAAGACUAAGACUAUGAUAUGAGAGUUGAGGGAGGGAGCGCGAAGGGAGGAUGACGUACCCGCAACACUUUAACACAGAGGUGAACUUCUGGCUCAGACUGUUCUAUUCUUAAGAAAAUGUUCAUUCUGCUGCAGCUAACUAGCCUCCAUCAUCUACACCAAAUACUAUUCCAUGCCAUGGAAGUGCUAUGCAACAACUCUCCCAGGUAGCACCUUAUACUGCUUAAAAGCCUUUAAAUCAUCUGAAGGUGUCACAGUAAAAAAAAAAAAAAAAUGUAAACACUUAGGAAAACGAAAAUGUAAUUACCUGAUGAAGUCAUCUAUGUCCAUGGAACGGGCCCGUUUGUCACUAAAUCCUGUGCUGGUUAGGAUUUGCUGUAUUUUAUCUGCUAUGCUGAAAUCUUCUGGUAUUACCUAUCAAUAUACGAUUCAGAAUAAAUGAACAACGUAUCUUUAA